UUGCAAAGCCUCGCUGAGGUUGUGCUGCUGGAACAGGGGCAGACUCUGAGCGGGAAGGGCCCGCUGCUUUGCUCUGUCUGCCCGCAGCCUGUGUGCCGUUCCAAUCUCACGCUGCUGGGGUCCACGUCCUGUGGAGCUGGGGCUCUACGUCCGCUGUGGGGGCAGAGGGUUUGCAUUGGUCGUCUUGUACUCACGAUGGUUCUCUGCAAGAUCGGUAUCUUCUAUCCUUUCCCCUUUUUCUUCUCCUUUAAUGAUGGUUUGGUGCCUGUCUUUUCUUUCUGGAGCCCAGUGGUAGGAUCUGAGGGAACAGCAUGAAGUUCCGUACAUAGGACAGUUUGUUUCAGUCUGAUGUUUCUGCAGCAUCCUGCAAGGAAUCCAGACACAAGUCCAGCUAUCACAUCUCUGUCUGUUUCCCCCCACCCCCAAAUAAAACAAAACUGCUCAAGAAUGGAUUCUGCUGAGAACGACAAUUCAGAUGAAGAUGCUGUGUUUCACAAAGGGCUCAUUUAGUAGACAUUACUUGGUGUGAGGAGAGCAAGCAGAGAAGCAGUCCACCCUUCCUGCCAAGCUGCAUAAGCCCGUAUCUCCUCUCCAGCAUCAACAACUGCACUAGAUUUGCCAAGCCUGAAUUUAUCACUGCCAUCUGAGCCCUGAAAGAACUCAAGAGGAGAUCUUCAAGGUCCUUAGCGUUGCCAUGUCUGGUGGUGGCAGGUGAAGUGAGGAACGAGACCUUCUAGCAGGCAUCUCUCUGGGGUGGAAGAAGCGCUUGCAGGCAGAGGCUGAGCAGCAGCGCAGAGGAGCCAGGCAGAGCUGCCUGCAUUCUUGGACAGCGCACUCAUGGUCUCCAGGAGUGGGCAUCAGCAUGCAGCCAUCAACUCCUAUGCAUACAAACUCCAGUGCCUCAAAAGUCAGGUGAGGCAAAUCUCCAGGGAGAGGGACAAGGCCAGACUGGACUUAGAGCAAGCAGAGAGACACUGCCUGCAGCUCAGCAGAGAGUUGGACAAGCAGUACAUCACCCUCAAGCACAGCCAGAGCAAGCUCAAGGAUGUUCAGACCGAAAUGGAAGCAAAAGAGCUGCUUUUGCAGCAAGCCAUCAACCAUCAAGCAAAGCUGGAGGCUGAUGCUCAGUUCCUCCAGGGCAAAGAGGCCACCCUUCGUGGGAGACUGAACCUCAUGAUGAUGGAGAACAUGCAGCUGCAACACAAGGUCAUGGAGAUGGGUGAGAAACUGACAGCCUCUGAGAAGCUGGUAUUGGAGCUUCAGAAGGAGCUCAACCUCGUUGUGAAGGACAAGCUGGACCGGGAGGAGCCCCACAGCCCAGAGCUGCUGAACCACGGCAAACGCUUCGCAGAGAUUGUGCUGGAGUAUGAACGGCAGUGCAAGAAAGUCAAGGUGCUGUGGGACCAGAAUGACAUGCUGCAGAGAGAGCUGGAAGGGCUGCGUCUUCAGCUACAGGAGAGCAGGGCUGCGAGAGAGCUGCCAGCUGGAGAGAUGUCAAUCACGAUGCAGCAGCUCCAAGAACAGCUGCAGGACCUGAAGGUGCAGCUGGAAGCCAAGGUAAACUAUUAUGAGGAGGAAAUGGAGCUAAUGAGGAAAAACUUUGAAAGAGAGAAGGACAGCAAGGAAAGUGUCAAGACUGAGAUGAGCAAGGUGGAAGGCCAGAAAAGAGACCUGAAAGAAACUAUUGCAAAGUACCAGGCUGUAACUGAUGUCAUGAAAGAGAAAAAAUGUGUGCAGAGCCUGGAGCUGGAGGAGAGGUUAGAGAUGGAGCCGGACAGGGUUGAACUUCAGCACACCAAGGAUGUAUGCCAUCCAAGGCAGCAGCUGAACCAGGAAGGAGAAGAGCUGAGAACACCGUGCAAGAACAGAGGGAGCCUCAGGAAACACACGAGCAAGUUGAGCAGAGAGAAGGUGGAAGAGUUGGCUGAAGCAGCAGAAUUGAUGAAGUCGAGUGGGAGGAGCAAGGUGGAGGUCUCCCGGACAAACAUCAAGAUGAGUCAGCAGAGCCACAAGCUCCUGGAGCAUGAAGCCGGCCACAGCACCAGCGCUGGGCUUAUCCAGCUGCAGAACCAGAGGCUCAUGGAAGCCGAGCAGCUACAAGGAGUGGAGAUGGCCACGAGGCCGGAGCACUGCCGGCAGCAUGCAGCGUGUUGGUCAGAGAUGGAGCUGCUCCGGCAGCAGCUUGUGGCGUUGCAGGAGGAACUCUUAGAAGCCAAAGCAAGUGUGAGUCUGGCUCAGACUCAGCAUGCACUGCAGUUGCAGCAAGCCAAAGCGCAGCUGAACAACGUAGUGCCAAGGAAACAGUUUGAACAGCUGCAGACCAGCUUGAGAGAGGAACAGUGCAGGGUUCAGCAGCUCCAGGCAAAGCUCCAGCAGCAGGCUGAGCAAGCAUGCAGGCAGCUGGUCAGGACCCAGGAAGAACAUGAGCGCCUGCUGCAGGCAGCCGUGGAGCAGGCAGAGGGGUUGCAGUGUGACCUGAGCAGCGCUGAGGCUGCGCUGGCAGACACGGCAGCUCGCCUCAAGGAUGCACAGGCCCAACUCUCCAGGAGCAAAGUGCUGAUUAAAGAUCUCCGUGAAGAAAACAGAGGGUUUGCAAUGGCCCUGCAGGCAGCUGAACUGAAGCAGAUGAGCAUUGAGAAGAAGAACCACACUCUGGAGGAGCAGGCCUUGGCCUUGAAGAAGCUUAUUGGAAAAAUCACACCAGCAUCUCUGAGUGCAUGAUGGGGCACUGCUGUGGCAGCCUUGCUUCUGGUCCUGGCUGAGGUUUGUCAGUUCCUCUUGGGCUCUAGGAGACUCUGAGCCUGAAGUUUCCUAAAGCCUGAGCCUAGGAUCCAAACUAACCUGUUGCUGGGUUGUUGCCUCUGGCAGCCUCUGCCCUCAGAUGAGAGGGUCUGAUUUGAAUCUCCAAGGCUUGGGGCAGGGUUUGUGGCCCUUGUGCAGCGUUGUACUUCAGCAAGCUGUCCUUAUUGCACUUCCUCAGAGGAGACUGGGAAGAACUGACGGUGGUACCAUCAUCAAUCUCAAAUUCUCCAUAGUCUCUCAAACACCGCACCUGCGAAGCAGAAGGGCAGCUGUCUCUGCAUGAACACACCUCCCACAGAAAAUAUCAGACAUCGCUGCUGACUUAAAACACAUGCUCCGUAACUCUCGUGUGCUACCUGCUGUAGCCUCACACAGUCCUGACCUGGAAAUACAAAACCAGACCGACCCCAUGGUCUGCGGGCUCUACCUGAUGUUCUCUUCCUGCCUCUGCCUGCAGCAAGAAGCACCAGUGGGCAGACCAGGCACUGAAGAGACCAGGGGAAGAGCAGCACUGCACGACAGCAGCAGCAUUUCCAGAACCUCCCUACACAUGCAGCAGAAAUUGUCAGUCCGUCAACAGUGAAGCCGUUUUAAAGAGCAGACUGAUUGCCUGUACGCAUUCUUUCUUAGAGAACAGGGCACUUCAGCUACUGACUCUGAAAUCAUUUCCCACUUGCUCUUGCUUUGUUGUAUCAAUAGCAUAAAAUGAUUUAUAGUCUAAUCUGUGCAAAUCAACUUAAAACAAUGACAAGAAAGCACCAACACCUAUUUAACAACAGUGAGAACGAGGUUUCUAAUUGGUCUGAAGAGGUCUUUGAGAGGAAGAAUUAAAUUUUGCAAAAUGAA